AGCGGCGGCGGCCGGGGGAGGGCUCGGGAGCUCGGCGCCGCCUCCCCGCGCUCCGCUGCCGCCCGCCCGCCGCCGUCUCCCCCGCGCCGCCGCCGCCGCCGCCGCCUCCAAGAUGCCCGGGCAGCGGCGGGGAGGCUGCCGCAGCCCGCUGGUCACCGACCGGCUUCCUGAGAUUCUGACGCUGGAUCGGGAUCGUUUUAACUAAAGAUGGAAACACUGGAGUCCGAAUUGACCUGCCCAAUCUGCCUGGAGUUAUUCGAAGACCCUCUCCUGCUGCCCUGCGCCCACAGCCUCUGCUUCAGCUGCGCCCACCGCAUCCUGGUGUCCAGCUGCUCCUCCAGCGAGUCCAUCGAGCCCAUCACCGCCUUCCAGUGCCCCACCUGCCGCUAUGUCAUCUCCCUCAACCACCGGGGCCUGGAGGGCCUCAAGAGGAAUGUGACGCUGCAGAACAUCAUCGACCGCUUCCAGAAGGCGUCGCUGAGCGGCCCCAACUCCCCCAGCGAGAGCCGCCGCGAGAGGACGUACCGCAACAGCCCUACCAUGUCCGUGGCCGGCGAGAGGAUCGCCUGCCAGUUCUGCGAGCAGGACCCGCCGCGGGACGCCGUCAAGACGUGCAUCACCUGCGAGGUGUCCUACUGCGACCGCUGCCUGCGGGCCACCCACCCCAACAAGAAGCCCUUCACCAGCCACCGCCUGGUGGAGCCCGUGCCCGACGCGCACUUCCGAGGACUCACCUGCCUGGAGCACGAGAACGAGAAGGUGAACAUGUACUGUGUGGCUGACGACCAGCUCAUCUGUGCCUUAUGUAAACUGGUGGGCCGCCACCGGGACCACCAAGUGGCAUCCCUCAGCGAUCGCUUUGAGAAGCUCAAGCAAACCCUGGAGACGAAUCUCACCAACUUGGUGAAACGCAACAGCGAACUGGAAAACCAGAUGGCCAAGCUGAUACAGAUCUGCCAGCAAGUGGAGGUGAACACGGCCAUGCACGAGGCCAAGCUGAUGGAGGAGUGCGACGAGCUGAUGGAGAUCAUCCGCCAGCGCAAGCAGGUCAUCGCUGUCAAGAUCAAGGAGACGAAGGUGAUGAAGCUGAGGAAGCUGGCCCAGCAGGUCGCCAACUGCCGGCAGUGCCUCGAGCGCUCGACGGUCCUCAUCAACCAGGCGGAGCACAUCCUGAAGGAGAACGACCACGCGCGGUUCCUGCAGACGGCCAGGAACGUGGCCGAGAGGGUCGCCAUGGCAACUGCAUCCUCUCAAGUUCUGAUACCAGAUAUCAAUUUUAAUGACGCCUUUGAAAACUUCGCCUUGGAUUUUUCCAGAGAGAAGAAGCUGUUGGAGGGGCUGGAUUAUCUCACCGCGCCCAACCCGCCGUCUGUCCGCGAGGAGCUCUGCACGGCCUCCCACGACACCAUCACGGUGCACUGGAUCUCGGAGGACGAGUUCAGCGUCAGCUCCUACGAGCUGCAGUACACCAUCUUCACCGGCCAGGCCAACUUCAUCAGUCUCUACAACUCCAUGGACAGCUGGAUGAUCGUCCCCAACAUCAAGCAGAACCACUACACCGUCCACGGGCUGCAGAGUGGCACCCGCUACAUCUUCCUCGUCAAGGCCAUCAACCAGGCAGGCAGCAGGAACAGCGAACCCGCCCGCCUCAAAACCAACAGUCAGCCUUUUAAGCUGGACCCCAAGAUGGCUCACAAGAAGUUGAAGAUCUCCAACGACGGGCUGCAGAUGGAGAAGGACGAGAGCUCCUUGAAGAAGAGCCACACGCCCGAGAGGUUCAGCGGGACAGGGUGCUAUGGCGCGGCAGGCAAUGUCUUCAUCGACAGCGGCUGCCACUACUGGGAGGUGGUGGUGGGAUCCUCGACCUGGUACGCCAUCGGCGUGGCUUACAAGUCAGCCCCCAAGAACGAGUGGAUUGGGAAGAACUCCUCCUCCUGGGUCUUCUCCCGCUGCAACAACAACUUCGUGGUGAGGCACAACAACAAGGAGAUGCUGGUGGAGGUCCACCCACAGAUGAAGCGCCUCGGCGUCCUCCUGGAUUACGACAAUAAUGCUCUCUCCUUCUACGACCCGGCCAACUCCCUCCACCUCCACACCUUCGAAGUCUCCUUCAUCCUGCCCGUGUGCCCAACGUUCACCAUCUGGAACAAAUCCUUGAUGAUCCUCUCGGGUCUGCCCGCCCCGGACUUCAUAGAUUACCCAGAGCAGCAGGAGUGUAACUGCAGGCCCCAGGAGUCCCCGUACGUAUCAGGGAUGAAAGCCUGUCACUAGGAUGCUCAGCCCUGCCCCAUGCCCCGUGGUGGCACUGGUGAUGCUGGUGGGUGUUGGUGGUGGGUGCCAGGAGCCUGCCAAGCUGGAGAGCCGCCGUGCAGCCGGAACGCUCCGAGGAGAGAGGACCUGCCUGCCUGCCCGCCCACAGCUCAUCUCAUUUUUAAGGGGAAAGAGAAAGAACCCCUGACCACGUCUGAAAAUAAACUCCUGUCGGCAA